UCCGCAUGGAUGAAUAUAGAACGUAUAAACGAGUUCUCUGUUCAUAGCUGUUCGUUGUCCGGAUAGUGUUACCCACAAGAACUAUAAAAGCAAGAUCCCUGCUUAUUUUGCAAUCAUACCACACCAGUAUUCACAACCGAAAACCAACAAUCAUGAAGUGCAUCGCAGCUGUAGUCAUGAUGGCCCUGGCCUUCGCCGCCGCCGAAGCGUCCUGGAGUCCGUUGGCCUAUUCCGCUUAUUCCGCAUCCCCACUAGCAUACACCGUUCCCCAAGCCACCGUCGUUCAGCAGAACCUGGGACUUCCCCUGGCGUACUCCGCCUAUGGUCCAGCCGUCAGCUAUGCCGCUCAAGCCUCGAUUGUCCCAACCGCUUACGCUUACCAGCCGGCGGUUGCCGUCGUCGCUCAAAAGGAAGCUCGCUAUCUGGCUGCCAACCGUGGAGCAGUGCACGAUGCCCCUUUGCCAGGACAUGCCGUUUCUCAGCAAUCGUUGAACCUGGAACCAGCACCGGGAACUUGGUGAAAAAUGAGCUGCGCAGAUUUUCAUGAACGAGUAUGCUUUGUGUAAAUAGUGAUGGGAGAUAAUAUAUUUUCGAAUCUAAA